CAUGGGAUACCAUCAGCGUUGUGUAGUAGUUAGUAAUAUUAUUGAAGAGGGGGUUGAGGUUGCAUUGAGCUCCGCGUCGCAAAAACAGUGGCCAGAGAUCUCAUGGCUUCGCUCGGAGUAGUCGAAUUGAUCGUAAUAAGGUGCGGCUCUUCUUCUUCAGACUCUCCGGGAUCAUUCUCACAUUCACGUCAAUUGCCAUUCUGAACAAGGAUGAUACUUCUUUAGAUUUACUUGUCUACAUUCGAUUGCGGAAAUCGAUGUUAGAGGGAUUGUAGCCGUUGUUGAAUUCCAGGUUAGGUUCUGUAGAGAUUAUGCGUGUGGUUUAUCAGGACUGCUUCGCGAAGGGCAAGAGAAGAGAAAAUUUGGAUUCGAAUGUUAUUCAGAUGUCGAAUGCACAGCGCGGAUCGGCACUACCGGACCUGAAUGAUAAAGAAUUUGCAACUCUCUGCAAUGGAAUCAAUUCCGGGGAUCUUAUGGCUGUGAAAUUGCUUAUAGACAAACCCGGUGUCGACUGGAGUUGUUGUGAUGUCCAGGUUCUGAGGGCGGUUCUGCUCAGCGUGAUUCACUGUCGUCUCAAAGUUCAGGAAACUUUACAAUGAAACAAAUUGCUUUGGUCUUCAUGCUUGUGUUUUUUUUGCAUGACUUGACAGGACUGUUAGCAAUCUUCUACUUUCAUCCAGAAUAUUGAAUUAAUGUGCAUGGUACCAAACAAGUCAUGUGAACCAGCCGGACUCAGGAUGUCAUUGGUUGCUUUCGAAUUGGCGAAUCCAACUAGUGUGGUGCCUCCCAAGCACUUGACUGUGUCGGUUGGAAACUACGGCUGUCAAGUGCACCAAGUUUUGUUAAGCAUGGUCUGUUUCAUGUCAAUCAUGGCUAUUUUUUCCACCAUGCCGGUAGAGAGAAAGAGAGUUCAACUGCAAAAUAGGGUUGCCGAUUUCCAACUACUCUGCUAUUCUCAUAUUUCGUGGGAAUCGGUUCAUAUGUAACAUCAAGUUGAAGAAUCUGAACUAGAGCAUCCGCAGGCCGACGAUUUGGGACACCUAAUGCAAGAUUUUGUGCUGAAGCUACAGAAGUCUGGAAGGGGGGUUGAUUGUCCUUUUGUUCGCAUGUUUCACAGAUUGCUGAGGAAUUUAAGAGAGAACACUCACGCCAAGUGUUUUGGUUCAUGAAGUGCAAUAAUUCGUGCGUGUCUCACCCUGCUGCAUAGGGUAUUUUUGAAUAAGAUUUGAUAAUCAAGAUGGCAGACCCCGAAUCCCCUGGCGUCCCUCUGGAUCCGACUUCUGCAGAAGCGCGGGCAUGGCCGAGAGAAUCUGUGAAACUGAUCGCAUCUUUCGGCCUUGACGGAAGCAGGAGAAAUAAUGUGAUGUACAUUGCUCCUGGAAUUCUUAUUCAUUCUUGUGGCGAUAUUGUCCACUUUCUGGAUCUAAAAACCAUGACAUACAUGUUCCAGCAUAGUGUGGAGGGGAAUGGAAUCGGAUGCGUGGCAGUCCAUCCAAAGAGAACACACUUCUGCGUUUGUGAGAAGGGCGUCUCGCCAAACAUAUACAUCUAUGCAUAUCCUUCUAUGGAGCUUUACAAGACGCUGGUUGACGGAACAGAACGAUAUUUUUCAGGAGCCAGUUUUAAUUUCGAUGGUACCCAAUUGGCCACAGUGGGAGCUCACCCAGAUUAUCUGCUCACGGUUUGGGAUUGGGAGAACGAGUUGAUGAUUUUACGAUCGAAGGCAUUUUCACAAGAAGUCUUUAAAGUUGACUUCUCAAGAUACUUUAAGGGGCAGCUUUUGACAUCAGGAGUGGGGCAUGCCCGAUUCUGGAAGAUGGCAUCUACUUUCACUGGCUUGAAGUUAGAGGGUGCCAUAGCGAAAUUCGGAACAGUCCCAAUCAGUGACAUUGCAGCUUACUUCGAGUUGCGAAACAGCAAGGUUGUCACAGGUACAGAAAUGGGCACUGUUCUAGUUUGGGAUGAUGCACUCGUCAAAUGUCAACUCAAAAGGCCAGGUGGAGAUGAAGUGUAUUGCCAUCAAGGAAUGAUUGAAUAUUUGGUGUUAGACGAGGACGCUCGGUUCAUGAUCACUGCUGCUGCUGAUGGAUACAUUCGAUUCUGGGACCUUGACUGGCUGGAAGCAGCAAAUGAUGGAGAUGACAAACUUGUGUGCGAGAUUGUUCCUACCAAAGAGGUGCUUGUGGAUCCCCUGUGCCGUAUCAAGGGCAUCGUUGUUGAAAAGGACCACUGGAUCAUACAGGAUGAGGGUGGAGCACUAUGGAGAUCUGACCUACCUUCAUUCAAAAUGACGAGAUUACUCGAAUUUCAUGCAGGUCCUAUUGUAGGGCUUGUAAGCUCACCUAUUAGUCAUGAAAUGGCAUCUGCUGGAUCUGAUGGCACAGUCCGAUUUUACAAUUUCAAGAGUAGGACGGAGGAGUUUAAAAGAAGAUUCACCGUAGCAUGCACUGUGAUUAUAUGGCUGCCUUUGGUAGUGGAUCCUUGCGGACAGUCAAUAGUUGUUGGUUUUGCGGAUGGCAUUAUUCGAAUUUUGCAGCGAAAUAAGAACAAAUGGAGGCUCUCUGUUGCGGUCAAACCUCACAAGGUGGGUGUGACAGGCCUGGCUUGCUCGGGUGACGGACAAGUGUUAGCCAGCACCUCCUUAGACGGCAGUGUUUUCUUCUUUCACUGUCCAAAUUCAUUUCGGCCGCUUGGGUACACUACCGUACCAGGUUCAAUUACAUGCUUGGAUUGGUCUCCUAACUCACAGAUACUUCUCGUUGGUUGUUCUAAUGGAAUGAUCAAGAAAAUUUCCAGACCUGAUACCAAUAAUGAUACAACCAAGUCAUUUGAAUUGAAGGAUUUGACCAUCACCGACCUCAGCUUCAUUCGUCCGAAAAUUCCGAAGAAGAUUCCACCUAGGCCACGGACUCCUCCCUCUCCUCCACCACCAGCCUCUAAGGGAGAUGGAGAAGAAGCGAAAGGUGAAACUCGUGCAGAAAGCGAAGCUCUCAAGGACGGGGUAUCAACUGCCGAAGUGGAAUCACUAGGGGACCCCGCGGUUCCUCUGGAGAUUCCACUUGAGCCCCUUCCAAGGAUUCCCACACAUCCACCAGAGCCCAUUGAAUUGGAUGACCCUUCAGGCACUACUUAUCCAAUUCGUUCCAUUUUUUACUCCAACGGCAAUUUGAACAGCUUCUAUGUUUCGACCGAGGGGAUGGCAACUGGUUUUCUAUUUGAAUGCCACAGUGAGGCUGGAGAGGUGAUGGGUUGGACUCAUUGGAGUAAAAAACCAAUCAAAACUAUCAGGAUGACGCACUCGCGGAAAUAUUUUGUGUCUGGCUCUGAUAACGGUGUGGUCCGUAUUCAAAUGGCUCCUCUGCCGGGCCAACUAAUGGGAAAUGAUGACGACUCGAAAUAUUGGGAGGCUGGUUUGCAUGAUGCCUUCUACGGUGUCGUCACUGGAGCAGCGCUGAGUUUUGAUGAUCAGUAUUUGGCAAGUGUAUCGGAGGAUGGUAGCUUCUUCAUACACACGAUCCACUUUAUCGACGAAAAACCAGCUGCACCCGAACCAUUUCCUCCAACAAUUCCUGAUGGCGAUGUCGAGGAUGUUCCGGGAUACAUGCUAAGUAUUGAAGAAUGGAGGCGAAAAGCGGAGCAGGAUGAAAUAGACCGGCUAGCGAAGGAGGCAAAGAUGAAGCUUAUUACUCAGUUAGAAGUCAUUCGGAAUCAGGUUGCCGUUCUAUUAGAGGAAAACGGAGCAAAAGAACGCAACCAGCAACUAGCGCUGGAGGAUUUUGUGAUCGAUUUUCGUCUUUUUAAGAGGCUUGAGGAGGACACAAUAGCAGAGCUGGAGCAAGCCCGCAAAGAGCUUCAGUGGGAUUCUGAGAAGAGAAACGUGGGCCUUCGCAAACUAAGGUCGUUUUUCCUCGAUCCUAUUGAGGUAGAACACAUCGUAAUACAUGCCUUCGCCUCGGUAUCACAGACCUCAACCUUUAGAGUUCUGAAGUUAACAGAUGAAUUUAAGAUAGCUCUCAAUGAGGCCAGACGUCAGGGAUGGAUGGGGAAGAGAUCGUCAGUUUCUGACGCGCAGCGGAAACAGACUAUAAGACAAGAUGCGCUGAAGAAGAAAAAGAAGAGGGACGAGGAAAGUGCAGAUGAACCGGGUAUUACCAAGCUGGAAUACAGGCGGCGUUUGUUGAAACAACGAAUAAGAGAGUGGGAUGAUUUUCUUAAGACAAAACCUGACUUGACUUGGGUUGCUGAUGAAGAUGUUGAGGCACUUGAUCGGGCAGUUAAUAGCAAAGGUGAUUUCAAGUUGAAGACGAAUCCAGGAUACGUGGUUCCAGAUGAUCAGUACACAAACGAGAAAUUGAAACGAAAUGAAAUUGUACUCUUUCAAGAAGCUGUUCAUGGUGUUAAGAUGAAUUUCAAUAAUCAGUUCUUUGUUCUUCGUCAAAAAAAGAAGGAACUUCGGGUAGUUUUGCUACUGAAGCAGAACCGCGUUAUGGAGAUUAACAAAUUACUUGAUUCAAAAGAUCCUCUUGUUCCUGUACCUGAUUUCAAAAGAGAAGAGCAGCCAGAAGUACGAGAAAUCGUCAAACAAGAAGACCGAGAUGCACACGAAGCAAAAAUAGCUGCUGCGACUGCAGCCGCAUUAGCAGCAGAAGGCAAGAGCAAAGAAGGCGGUGGCUUAGGCGUUAUGACAGCUGGUCCCAAGAAAACGGCCGAAGACCCAAAACCAGAUCCCGUUGUUGGGACGCAGAGACUGGAUCCCAAAUCUCAAACGAAACCGAAAGGCAAACUCAGAAGGAAAGCAGAACCACCGAAGAUAAUUCUAUCUCCAUUGGAGGAAAGUGAAAAGGAGGCAAAUCACAUAAGGCUCCGACAUGAAAAAUCAAAGUUGGAAUCAGAGAUGAGAAAAAUCAUUACCGAAUUUGAUGAUGAAUUAGAGAGGCUGCGGCAGGAAAAAUAUCGUCUUGAGGUCAACAUGAAGUGCGCUGAUUUAAAAGCGCUUGUCAUGUAUGAGGAGUUAAAAAUUCUCCGGAAACUGCAAACCCACGAGGACGCUUUAGACAUGCGUUGCCAGGCGAAACUUGCAGAGGAUGCUGAUAUUGUGGUAAAACUGGCCGAACACGAUUUGGUGGUGGAUGCUGCUCAAGAAGAGGUUCAAGAACUUACAGAGCAAAGGGAUAAGCUCUUUGCGAUGUGGAUGCAAACAAACCCACCUCCGGAUCUUAACCCAGCUCACGGUGAACUUCACCGAAUGUACAUUAAAAAAAUGCGACGGCCCAAGAAACCCAAGGAAAACCCUGACGAUGAGACUGAAGAAUCAGAUCUGGACGAAGUAGCUGACGACGACGAAGAGGAAUACGAGGAUGAGGAUUUCGUAGAGCUGUGUCCUGGGAAUGGGGACCCUGCGCUAUACAAGAGGAUGGUUGCUAUGCGAGAUAGACGUUGUUUUCUCGAUUAUGCGAUUAUUGACCAGGGCAAGAUUGUUGAUGCUUUGUUGAAGGAAAAAGGACAAAUUAUAAAGAAAAAGAAGGCAGUAGCGAGCCAGCUCAAUGGCAUUGAGUCAGAAAUCGUGAAAUUUCAGACUCUAAAACAAACGUCACUGAACAAUGUGGAAGUUGGGCUUACGCUAAAAAUGAACCAGGUUGAGUAUAUGGAGAAUGGUAGAUUGCCUGAAGAUCUCUCUAGAGCCCUUGUAUUUGCGUUGAAAGAAGAACAAGGAUUGAUUGACAGACUUCGCGCGCAUGGCGAGAGGAAGAAGUCUUUGAAGAAGCUGCACAAAGAGUUGAAAAAGAUGCAUGCCGACCUGCAAAGAGAGAGACGGGCUCAAGAGAAGAAAACGAAACAGACCGAGGCAAAAUACGUGGAAAGCCAAAUGUUGAAGUUUGGCGAGACUCUUGUGGACGAAACGUUGAAUAUUAUCAUGAUCAAGAAAGAUCUGCAAUUCCUGAGAGAUAAAUUGCGGAACCAGGAGGUCGGGCUCAUACGUGAGCUGUCAGUGUGGCACCGGAGGAUAGAAAGAGCCACGGACCAAUUGCGAAGUCUGACGAAGGAGAACGCUGCAAUCCUUCACAUUGUUGCUGACCUCAAAGAACAGAUGCAAUCAAUUCAUUUUGACAUGACGUGCAGGGCAGCAACCACCUACACGGACUCUCUUCUAGAAAAGCAAAAGGCCGAAUCUGACCAGAACAUUCUCUCCAUUAAAAUUACCAAGCAAGAUGAGAUGAUCCAAGAACUUAAGAAAUCAAUCACUAGAACGAAGACUGUGUUGCCCAAAGUGUACCCCUGCGAUCGUGAACAGGCCAGAUAAAUGCAAAGACAAGAAAGUCAUAAACAUGGUCGUUUCAAAAACUGAUAUCACUAGAAAUGAGGUUGAACUUGAAAGCUGAGGUAACAUGUCUUCAUUCGUGCAACAUAUAUUCAAGGUCUGCCUAAACGUACUUCAAAAAAGCCACUUCUUGAAAAAAAACCAAGCAAAUAGAGUUGUGAAGGCAUUGCAACCUAAUUAGCUUAAAAUAUUGAAAUUCUUGCACAUUAGGUAUUAAAAAUGUAUGAAAAUAAAAAUACGUACAAUGUGAAAAGAACCAAUAUGCUCUACAAUUGUAGGUUGUUUCAUACAUCAUCUACUAGAAGGGAAAAUGGUUUCAAGUUUGAUUGA